GCAAACAAAAGCAUAUUUUUAAAAUAUUCCCCCUCUCUCUCCAUUAUUGAAAGAAAAAGGAAACCCUGUCCCCUUCUUCCAUUUAAUUCUAUUUUAUUAAAAACACCUCUUUACCUAAUUUCUCAUCCUCGCCAUCUAUAUAAACAUAUUAGAGGAGGCACCACCAUCAUCAUUUGGAAAAGGAAAGUGAGAUUAUUGAUUUUUUUUUGGAAGUUUGAAGAUAUGGCUGCAAUUGCUGUUGGAAUGAUUAAUGGUAGAUCGAUGAUUAAUCAGAGGAAAUUUUUGAAUAACACCAACUAUCAGAGGAAGAAGAAGAUGAAUAAGAUUUGUUGCUCUUCUUCCAGUUUAACCGAUCAGUACAAAACCUUAAGAAUUCAACCUGGUGCUAAUGAAACUGAUGUCAGGAAAGCUUUUAGACAACUUGCUUUGCAGUAUCACCCUGAUGUAUGCAAAGGAAACAAUUGUGGUGUCCAAUUCCACCAAAUCAAUGAAGCAUAUGAUACACUGAUGAGUUAUCUAAGAGGAGAAAUGAACGAGGAGAUGGAUUUGUCUCAACAGUACAAAUAUGUCGACGAAGAUGAUGAGAUGAGAGGAAUGUGUGAUUCUGAUUGGGACAUGUGGGAAGAAUGGAUGGGAUGGGAAGGAGCUGGAAUCCGUGAUUACUCAUCCCACAUUAACCCUUACAUCUAACUAAUUCAUCUCAUCUCAGCCCCCAGAUUUAGUGGCGCCAUGACAUGAAGAACAAAUUAUUGCUGUAAAUAGUCUUUUUUUUUUUUUUGUAAAAACCAACGGCGUCAGAAAUACAGAAUAAUUUCUGCUGCCAAAAUGUAAAUAGAUUUGGAUCUGAUGUUUAACUGCUCGAUAAACAGGAUGCCUAGAUUAAGACCAAACCAAUUAAGAUUUUCAAUUGUUUCUAGACAUGGUUUUAGGUGGUUUCUAGACAUGGUUUUAGACCACCUAAAGUCUAGGCAUGGUUUUAGAUUUGCGUGUAUUCAAAAUUUUGUUGUGAUCAAAGAAUUUGAGAAGUUUCGUCA